UGAUUGUUUCACUUUUCUCGAAUCAGAAGUACCUACACAAGCGGAAAGAGGCUUGACACGCAAAACUAUCAGUGGCGUCAUCAACAGAGGACAAUUGAGAGUAGGAGCAGGAGCGUGUCGUCUCCCCCAACAGCCACUCAGGUGGGUCACCCAGGAUGCCUCUUCCAUUAGCGCUUCAGGCUCGGCUGGCAAAGAGGGGGAUUCUGCAGCAUGUGGAUUCAGAGCCGGCAGAGGAGAUCAUCGCAGAGGAUUAUGAUGACGACCAUGUGGAUUAUGAAGCGACACGUAUAGAGUUCCUGCCUCCCAGUUGGUACAAAGUGUUUGAUCCUAUUUGUGGGCUGCCUUAUUACUGGAAUGUGGAGACCGACCUGGUCACCUGGCUCUCCCCCAAUGACCCAAGUGCAGUCAUUACAAAGGCUGCCUCCAAGCAGAAAGAACCAGAGGAAAAGGUGGAGCAGGAGGAGGUGCUUAUGAAGGAAAGGAGGUUUUCUCGGCGGGAUGAAGCGGCUCCAUAUCCAAAAUCCAAAAAAGGGAGAAAAGAAGAGGAACUGGAUCCCAUGGACCCAAGUGCUUAUUCCGAUGCCCCUCGGGGGACAUGGUCCACUGGGCUGCCCAAGAGAAACGAGGCCAAGACUGGUGCUGACAGCACAGCUGCAGGGCCCCUAUUCCAACAACGACCAUAUCCCAGCCCAGGGGCCGUCCUGAGGGCCAAUGCAGAGGCUUCACACAAUAAACAGCUGGAAUAGGAUCAUUGCUGCCCCUACUCAUUCUCAUAUGUUACUGCUGUACACUUGCUUGUGCCCUUCCUUAUGUCUGUCUGUCUUAGCCAUUUUGGAAUAAAGUGUCGUACAGAA